AAUUUGAAGGAAAAUCGACGUGUGGGUCCAGUACACACACUGGUCUUCAUGCUCCGGAGCGGGGGGUUUCGCGUGGUUCUUCAUGAUUGACGUCAAAAUUAUGCGGUGAAGUGGGGAACGUCCUCGGAUUCUUUUUCUCUCUGUGAAACCGCUAGUUAGUAGCUUCGCGCUAUGACAUCUCGCAUCGCCAACAAGUCGAAAGGUCUCGACUCCGAGAUCUACAAGUGUCGCGAUGAAUCGAAUUGGAGGAAACUGCUUGAAAUGGCCGAGCAACUCCGUCAGCGCUCUGGUCAGCAUUCGAGUCAUCUAGCGAACCUUCUCAUCGGCGAAGCGAAACUCGAGAUCUAUCUUGAAGAUCAUCCACCCGUGGAGCAGAAUAUCCACAAAGCGCGGACCUCGCUCACCGAUGCUAAACGAUAUCUGACUGAUUGCACCAGAUCGGACGCUGCGAAGUCGAACGUUGCUACGGACGCCCGCUUCCUCCUCGCGAAAUGCUGCUACGCGCAAGGCCAAUACGAACAAGCGCUGGACCAUCUUGAUCAAGGUGGCAUCGAGCGGCUUGAAGAGAGGCCUGUUGGAGCCCGAAUGCUGAAAAUUUUGGCGGAGUCAUUCGCCGUCAAGGGUCUUUGUCUCGAACAGCAGGCUAAAACGACGAGCGUUGACAGAGAGGGGAUCGUAAAGUACUACAUACAAGCUGGUGAGAUGGGACUCAAAUAUCUUCAGGUGGUUGAAAAGAGUCAGGGUAUACAAGGUGCGGUGGUCCAAGUGACACCCGGUGGACUGCCUGCCUUCGGAGGGGCCGUGACUACCGAGUUCCGAAUCGGAAUCCUUCUCGAGACGGCGCUCCAACGAGCGCCUAUCCUCAUGAUGAAGUCAGGACAGAUUCGGGAGGCGGUGGAUCAAUAUCGGAGCGUCCUGUCAGCUCAGGAGACAACAUCUACACAGUCCCUCCGGAUGACGCUUGCUAGACAAUUGGCCGAGGUCCUAUUGCGCGGUGUUUGCGAACACGAAUGGCAGCAGAUUCAGCCCCAGCAGGAGCAGAAACGAACGAGCAAGUACUGGAAGCCGCAGUACUAUUGCGGGGGAUCGCUUUACGUCCCCGGGGAGCACAUCGAAGAAAUUCUGCUCUUACUGUCCAUCUCCGACGCCAUAGCCGUGCGCAACGUCGUCCUUGACCGGUCACCGGAUGUGGCGCAAGAUCGAGCACAAUCCAUUAAGAACGUCACAUCUGUACUAGAUUUGCUCUCGAUCGCGUUAGCUCGUAAUGCUCAGUUUGGUCUACUGUGCGAAAACUUCGAAAAAGUUGCAAAAUUUUCCUGUGAAGAAUAUCACAUAUGGAACCAGUUCGGUCUAAGUCUGAUUGCGGCUGGUUCUCACUAUAGAGGCGUCCGCAUGCUGCUAGAAUCUGCCAAACUCCGACCCAACAGCGGGUUCGACCUCCUGCUUGCAGCGAAAGUCACGUUGUUCAAUCUGAACAAAGCAACGGACGCGUUGCAUCUUAUAGAAACCGCCAUCGCUCGCGAGCGAGUCCUUCCCGGCAGCGACGUACUGGGUGUGUGUCUAACGCUCAAAGGGCUCUGUCAUGAAAUCCUGGCUGAUCAAACGAAAUGCAGCAAAGCGAAAAAUGAACACAGGGUUCAAGCUUUCAAAGCUUUCAUCAGAGCGAGGCAGAUCGAUCCAGAUUAUCCUCAAGCCGAAUACUUGUUGGGAUUGCACUACGCUAACGUGCAUCAAAUCGACGCGGCCAUGGUCUGCGCCAAAAGGGUACUGAGCUUGGCGCCCGACUUCUUCCCCGGGAUCCAGUUGCUUAUUGUGCUCCUGAGUGCGCAGAAAAAACACGAGGAGGCCCUGCAGCUAGUGGAAAUGUCGCUGAAUGAAUAUCCGGACAACCUUAACUUACUCUAUCUCAAGCUCCUCUUGGAGGAAUAUCUCGAGGGACCCCACAAGGCGCUUCACACCGCGGGCGGAAUGCUCAAGCAGUGGAAGAUGCUGUACGAAGGGUAUUUAAGAGUCAAGCAGGCUACGCAUGCUAGCGGUCUCACGCCUCCGGCGAUCGGAACGAGCUCUCAAUUGGGCCCUGUUCCCGUCACGAAUGCCCAUUCAGGUCGGUGCUCGGUGCUGGGAAGCCACUGGGCCGAACGCGAGGGGAGCGUGACGGCGGAACUCGACAUGUCUUUUAGUGAAACGCUCGGGAAAAUCUCCCCGUGUGCGCGACGUGUUCACGUCGACGAAAAUACGAUGCUGCAGCUGCAAAUGCACAUUUGGCUUCUCACUGCCGAACUCUACAUUAAGAUUGAACACUUCCCAGAAGCCGAGCAAUCGAUUGCCGAGGCUUCUAAUGUUCUUCCUCUCUCUCCGUAUGUGUUAUUGGUCCGCGGGCUCCUACACGAUGCCCGCAAUGAGUACAUCGAAGCUAAGAACUGUUUUGAAAGCACUCUGGCAGUUCAACCAAACAACGUUAUCGCUCUUCAACAUUUAGGACUAGUUUAUCAUCAUCUAGGCAGCCAUCAGCUGGCAAAAGCGACCCUACAGAGCGCUGCUCUCAUCGAACCGAUGUCGGCAACAACAUGGUUUUACUUAGGCGAGGUUCUCCAGGAAUCCGGCACUCCAUCCGAAGCGAGCGAAUGUUGGGAAACGGCGGUCCAGCUAGACCUCUGCACUCCGAUUCUAGAAUUCUCUAAGCUACCCAGAACGCUGUAA